AUGGGCGUGAACGAGGUUCAAAUUCUUGUGAUCAAAAUUGUGAAAAAUGUGGGUCAAAAUUGUUUAUGCUGUGUUAAGAAAUACCCAAUUCGUUUAUGUAUCGUGGUUUUCUUAUUCCUUUUGUUUUUGUUUUUUCCUUUAGCCUUCAUCGCUUUAGCAUAUUCUUCCCCUGUCUUUGGGUUUGCGUUUCUUGUUCAUAAAGUAUUAUUCAUAGGUAUGGAUCGUCCAAAGGCUAAAAGUGUAGGAACAAAAGGUAAAAGAUGGAAGGAAUUGCAGUCUCGUAGGAGUUUUAGGUCUAAGAAUCGUGUUCGUGGUCCCAAUCAAUAUAAUCAGAGUAGUUCCAUGCAUGAUCCACCCGGUGUUUGGCAAAAUGCCAAAGAGACAAGUAAUGAAAUAUUUGACAAUAAUUUGGUUGAUAAGAGAACCUUAAUUGAGGAGAAUCUGAAAGAGAUACGAGAGGUGAUGGUGGAAUCUGUUGCUGGUUCUCAAGCUUUGAUGCCUGCAGACCGUUACAUAUUUGAUGAAGAGUAUCGAAAAUGUGGUUUUGAUAUUCAUAAAGAUACAGUACAGAAAAGUUUGGAUGUUUGUGAAGACAAAGAAAAGAAACAUGAUCAUGGGAAGAAGACCGUUAGGUGGGUAGAAGAUGAUGAAAAGAGUAUAAUGGAUCUUGGAGUUUCGGAGGACGAAAGAACGAAGAGAUUGGAGAGUCUGAUGGAGAGAAGAAGAUCGAGAAAGUGGUCGAGUUUUCAGGUUAGAAGAAAUGGAACGGGAAAUAUCAGCUCUGGUCAAAUUUCUUCCCUCCAUAUCCCCAAAAUAAAUCCAUUUCUUGCAAAAAGUUCAGGAGAUCCUACUUCAUCUCCUCCUGGUUCAGCUCCAUCGUAUGUGGUCAAAAGCAACCCUUUUGACCUUCCUUAUGAUCCACAUGAAGAAAAGCCGAUUCUAACCGGUGAUAGCUUCCAAGAAGAGUUCAAGGCUACUAACCAGAAAGAACCCAUCUUCUGCAAGCAUGUGAGAUUCAGUUUAGGCAAUUUCUUACCUCCAGAAACAAUAAAUUUUGGCAGUGAUUUUGCCAUCAAGCAGUUAAGCUCUGGGAAACUGGUGACUUCAUCAGUAGAAAACAAGGAAGAUGACGACAAACAACCUCAACAAGAUGGUCUGAUUCCUAAUGAUGCCAUUGGUGAUUACCAUGCCAGAGUAGAAGGUGAAUCCUUGGAAAAGGUGGUAGAUGCAGUUUCCAUCCCUGAAGAAGCAGCCGAAAAGGCGGUUGAUGUGGUUUCCAUUCCUGAUGAAGCAGCUGGAACUGAAACAUAUACGAAAGAAGAACAGGAGGAGGUUCACCAUGAUGUAUCCAGUGAUCAAUCAAGUUCCACAUCUUCCUCAAGCGAAGAUGAACCCAUCUUAAGGCCAAACAAAGAAGCAAUCUUGCAUUGUCUCAGUAUGUCGCGAAUGAGAGUAGUUUCAGCAAAAAACAAUUUUCACAGACAUGCUGAAUCAUAUGACUGUGGUCCGUCCACACUGUUUGACAAAUCAAAAACCGAUGGUUUCUUUUUUGGGGGCAAUAAGCGGAUUCAUUAUACUUCAACCUAUUCUGUUGCUUCUGAUAUGCAGGUCGAGGUUUCAGAAAUUAGUUCACCUCCAUCAACAAACAUCUCAUCUUUUGAUGAUGAAGCUUCAAUAGAUACGGAAAAGGGUAAAGGAAGUGUGAUGAACUCAACCGACCAAUCUGAAAUGGAUGUACAUGAAACAAGAUUGAGAGAUAUAGAUGAGAAGAGUGAUCAAGAAACUACAGAAGCCGGAUUUUCAAGAUGGGCCCUGGAUCGAGAGCCUCUUGAAUCAAUCAUGAUGCCAGAAAAGAUCGAUGAACAAGAUGCCCACUAUUUUACAGAAAAAGAUAGACGAUUGACACAGGGUACAUCCUCUUGUUCGACUUGUAAGAUGGAUAAUGUGGUACCAAAUCAAGAAACCAAAGACCAGAUUUUAGAAACUAAAACUAGGAGUUUGGAAACAAAAGUAUCUAAUUCUGAGAUGGAACAUCAGAAUCCCAUAUCUGUUUUACAGUCAGAAUCAUCAUUUGAUCAGGGAUCAUCAUCCAACUUUGUUCAUGAAGUGGUGAAUGAGGUUCACCAAUCGGUUGAACCAUUGGAUCAAUCGGAACCUGCUAUUCUACCACCAACUGAGAAAGAUCCUUCUGAUAGUUUACCUCCAACAAAGAACGAUCACCUUCAAAAAGAUCAACAGAAGUAAUGAAUAUGAUAAACUAUUCGAGCAGCAAGGUAGACGAACCCGAUGUCAAGAACCACCAGCAACGACAGUAGAAAUACAUCCGGUGGUUAAUCGAAGACCACCCCAUCUCAAGAUCAAGA